AACCCUCAAAUCAUCUAAAUUUUCCUAGAAAGUUCAAAAAAAUGUCAGGAAGAGGAAAAGGAGGAAAGGGAUUGGGAAAAGGAGGAGCGAAGAGGCACAGGAAAGUUCUCAGAGACAACAUCCAAGGGAUCACGAAACCUGCGAUUAGGCGACUCGCUCGCAGAGGAGGCGUGAAGCGGAUCAGCGGCUUGAUCUACGAAGAGACGAGAGGAGUUUUGAAGAUCUUUCUCGAGAAUGUGAUCAGAGACGCCGUGACUUACACUGAGCACGCGAGGAGGAAGACGGUUACGGCGAUGGAUGUUGUUUACGCUCUGAAGAGGCAAGGUCGCACUCUCUACGGAUUCGGUGGUUAAAAUCGGUUAUUUUCGGUUUGGUUUAUGGGUGGUGCUGUUGCUGCUGAUUAAGUCGGUUCUUUCGGUUUACUUUUUUGUUGGUUCGUUUCUUGGUUUGUGAUUAGCGUUUGGGUAAUUGCAAUAUUGUAUUAAAUUUAUCUUUUGGUAUAAUGAAAGUUCGAUUACUAAUUUUCAAGUU